AUGCGCCGUCUGUUUCAGACAUGGCUACUCCUUCAGCUGCACGGAGUGCCCGGUGUUCGCGUGGACAGCGAGAACCAAACCAGCCACGGCGUUACAUCCACCACAGGUCCGAUGUCGAUGGUAGGAGGCAAGAAGAACGACACGCUGCAGAAAGUGGAGGACUUCCUUUCUGUUGCAAUGGGUAAUCAGUCCACUUCCGGAAUCGUCGGGGUGGCCAAAAACACGGAAGGGGACUUCGCGACCAUGAAGACUGCCUUUUGCUUCAACCUCGCCUCCUCGCUGGCAGCUUUUGUCGCAUUCACGGCUCUUCGGGCCUUGGUCCCUGCAGUGUACGGCAAAGAUGCCGAGGAGGUGGCAGCGGCCAACGACGGCCCAAGGCCCCUGCUCGCGCUGGAGCCCCCAAGAUACCGCGUGCGCAGCCUCGGCGAUGUGGCCUCGGCUCUCUUUGGCUGGAUCUCGGUCGUCCGAAGCAUGCAGGAGGAAGAGGUCGUCGCGAGGUGUGGUCUGGAUGGCCUGCAGCUGCUGGAACUCCUCCGCCUCGGGGGUAGGCUUGCAGCCUUGUGGGGCGGCGCCAUCAUGUGUUUGCUGUGUCCGCUCCACUUCUACCUUCAUCUGCAGCUCUCCAAUGAAGGCACCUUGCUCAGCAGGACAAGCCUCAAUGGCCUUGCCGUAGAUCGCUUGGAGCGGCAUCAUCACCUUCUGCUGAUCUGGACGCACGCCGCCACAGUCUGGUUUGUCGUCCUCGCAGCUUCCUAUGAAGUCUACGCUGCACAAAGCCGCUUCCUGACACGGCGUUUCGAGUGGUUAAAGCGAAUUCCGGAGCCCAGAGCCACCACUUUGCUUGUGGAGAACCUGCCCUUGGAGUGUAGGUCCGAUUUCGCUUUGCACCAGUACUUCGCCCGGCUCUUCUCCCGGGAGGCCAUCAAAAGCGCCUACAUCGUCCGGCGCACGGACAAGCGGCUCAAACGCCUCUUUCUGGACAUGGAGAGGCUCCGAGAUGACCUCCACUGUGCUCAACACAUGAGGGAGCCGAGUGGCAGUCGGCACUUGCAAAGUGCCUGGUGCUGCUACCGGCGGGAAGAUGUGGGCUUUUACACACGCGAAUUGGAAGCAUUGCAAGAGGCCUUUGCUAAGGAACGACAGGCAGUGGAGGAGGGGGUGAUGGCCAUGGACCCCCAAGUGUGCAGCUGCGCGGGUUUCGUGACUUUCACAUCGAGACGGAUGUGCAUGCUGGCAAGGCAGCCCCAGUAUCGCGCGGACUCCUCACAACUCACGGUGGCGAUGCCUCCAGAUCCGGAAGACGUGAGGUACCACGAUUUGGCCAAAGAUCCCCAGCUGCAGGCUUCUGGCAACGUAACGGCGGCGGGGCUACUCCUGCUAAUUUUCAUUGUCUGGGCGCCGUUGAUCGCUACAUUCAUGGAUCGGGUGGAGCCGAUUCUUCUGCGCCUCUUCGAGGAUUUCCCAGCGAUCCAGCAUCUGGUUCAGGGGGUGUUGAGCACUGGAGCUUUGAAGAUGUUCAUGGCAUUCCUCCCCACGCUGCUGAUGGCAAUUAUAAGCAACGUCUUGACUUUGAAAGCGGGCACAUGGGCACAGCUGAAGUUGCAGGACUGGUAUUUCUCAUUCCAGGUUGUUUUCGUCCUCUUGGUGACAGCAAUCGUGGGGACCAUACUGGACGUCUUGGCGAAAGUGCUGGCGCACCCUGGCGAGGUUAUCUAUCUGCUUGCCGAUGCCCUGCCCGGGUUCUCCAACUUUUACAUCAACUACCUGAUGUUGGGCUGCUUGCUGCACGUCUUCGACCUUCUGCGCUUCGUCCAGUUGGCCAAGUACCUCCUUGCACGCUUUGCUCGGGGCGACAACGACCCCUCGGAGGCACGAAAAGCCAGCGAGCCCGAGGAUCAGGACAGCGAUGGGAUGGGGGCUCGCAUGGCAAAGAUCACGCUGCACAUCGUUGUGGCCAGUGUCUUCGCGAGCUGCUGCCCGCUCAUCUUGAUAUUUGCUUGGCUGUACUGCACCAUCGGGAGCCUGAGCUACGGAUACCUCCUGAUCUAUGCGGAAACCAAGAAGCCAGACAUGGGCGGGUCUUUCUGGGUCAAGAGCUUGCGACAUCUCUUCGCUGGCCUGGCAAUCUAUGUGCUGCUCAUGGUGGGCCUUCUGAGCAGGGCCUGUGGCCCCUCCCGCGAGGCGCCCCUGGUGGCGGCCCUCGCGCUUCUGGCUCUCGGUUUGGGCUUCCACCGCUUCUCCGCACUGAGCUGGGAGACACUCCCCUUUGAGGCUAUUGUUGAGGUGGACUUAGCAGACCGCGAACGGGGCAAACACCACGGCAACUACUGGCAGGUUGAGUGCCGGCCUCUUGAUCGGCGUGCAUCUCAAACUCAGAAGCGAGGUGACGGCACGGACUGA